UCUCCUAAAUCCUAACCCUCGAUGGCGCUAAACCUUCACCUUCUCCCUUCCCUUCGUACCCCGCUCCCAAACCCUAACCCUAGAAGCACGCAUUUUCUUCUGCUCAGAGCUGAAUCCCUACGAAGAAGCAGCUCCCCGAGCUCCUUCUCCACCACCCUUUCUCUAGGGAGGAGCAAGCGCUCCGCGAGGUACGCGAUCCUCGGAGCCGGAUUCGCGGGGUUAUCCGUCGCUUGGCAUCUUCUCAAGCAUAGUCCGAAAGAGUCCCAGAUCCGUGUUGAUAUAUUUGAUGAAAAUGGGAUAGGUGGAGGCGCUUCCGGCGUUUCUGGAGGACUACUUCAUCCUUACUCCCCUAAAGCUAAGCUUCUUUGGAAAGGUGCUGAAUGCUGGAAAGAAUGUCUACAACUGUUAAACGUUGCAGAACGAGUGAAUGAAGCGACAGGUUCCAAUCAGAUCAUUCAAGACUUUACAUCCAAGUUUGAUGGAACUAUUGUUUGCAGAAGGGGCAUAUUGAGACCUGCAACUAGUGAGAAAAAAGUUGAUAUUUUAAUGGAGAAUACUCAGAGUAGCCUUCACUGUUGCAAUCUGGAAGCUCUAGAUAGGGAAGCUGCUCAAUCACUUGUACCUGGAUUGUGCGUUCCAUUCGACUUUGCUGUAUAUAUGCCCCAUGCUGUAAAUAUCCAUCCUAAGAGAUACCUUCAGGCAUUGUUUCUUGCAUGCCGAAAUCUGGCAGAUGAAAGUUCUGCAUCAAACAUCUGUGAAGAAAGAGAGCUCAAUUUGUUCAGGGAGACUAUUAAAAGCCUCCGUCAGUUGGCAGAUGAAUAUGAUGCAAUGAUCAUCUGCCUCGGUGCCAAAGUGGACAUGCUUCCGGAGCUCGCAGGAAAGCUCCCUCUGAGAAGCUGUAGAGGAGUUGUUGCAGAACUUCAAUUGCCGAUAGAUGCACGUGGAGAGUAUGGUGACCAAAGCCCCUCCAUUCUAUCCGAUGCAUGGCUCGCGUUCCAAGGGCCGCGUUCUGUCUCGUUGGGGUCCACGUGGGAUUGGAAAUCAAAAGAUUACACAUCGAACGUCCCCGAAGAGGAAGCUCGUAGAGCAAUGGAAGAGCUUCUUCCAAAAGCUGCUGCUGUCUAUCCAGAUAUAAGAAGGUGGGCUUUUGCCGGGGCAAGGGCUGGUCUAAGGGCCAUGCCGCCAGUGACUCCACAUGGAUCACUACCACUUCUGGGGAGUUUGAACUUCAUGAUAAGGGAGGCAGGUGAGUGCUUGUAUUGGUUGGUUGGGGGGCUUGGUUCAAGAGGGCUUUUGUAUCAUGGCUUGGCGGGGAACCUGACUGCUCAAGCUGUGGUUUCUUGUGAUGAGAGUGUAAUACCUUCUGAAUUCACUUCUUGGAAGAAGAAGAGAGAAGUUUUGAGUUGAAUAAGAAAAGUGGAGUUUCCUUAUAGAGUUAGAAGUUGCAUGAACUUAAUGCUCAGAAACUUAUUAGAGCACCACCUUGAUUGGAUGAUAAGCUUCUAUCUAUCUAUUCAGUUGCCUAGUUAA